AUGCCUCAAUUUAAGGACAAGCAAGAUUUCUGCAAGCAAACAAAUGUCAAGGCUGAAAGGAACGAGGAGCUUAUCAAGUUUGCUAAAAACAAUUUAAACCAUAUCCCAUUUACUGAUGAAGCUGCAUUCGAAAACUACGAUCGCAUGAUAUCCGGUAUGCUCUACAAUCCAAUGCAAGUGGACUUGGAGAAGUCCAGAAUGAACUUGAGAGACACUUUGCUUGAUUACGGUAAUUUUAGAUGCAGGGAUUACAAAACCACCAAGGAGUUUGCCAACGCCAAAAGGGAAUAUUUGAAAAAAUUCAUUGGACAUGUGGGAGAAGGUACGUUUAUGGAGUACCCAAUGUACUUUGACUAUGGAUUUAACACAUAUUUGGGCGAAAACUUUUACAGCAACUUCAACCUCACUAUAUUGGAUUGCUCAGUGGUCAAGAUAGGGAAUAAUGUUAUGUGUGGCACCGGGGUCUCGCUCUUGACACCAUCUCAUCCAAUUGAUCCAACUUUGAGACACAGCUAUUUAGAGAACGCACUUCCGAUUACGAUUGGCGACAACUGCUGGCUUGGUUCGAACUGCACAGUAUUGGGUGGUGUAACAAUUGGAGAAGGGAGUGUUAUCGCUGCGGGCGCAGUAGUAAACCGCGAUAUUCCUCCCAACUCAUUAGUAGUUGGUGUUCCUGGACGUGUGGUGAAAACCAUGGAACCCAGGGACCCUGAUUUCGAUGUGCAUAAAACACUUAAGGAGUACGGAAUGGAUUACAUCCCAUAG